CCUUUCCAUACCGCGCCGGACUCUGCUCUGUGAGCCUUAGGCUGAGCGUUUCCAGAGGCUGCAGGGAAAUCUUUUAUCGGAUGCAGAGAUCCACACGUGGCUCAGAGUUCAACGAGUGGCGGGCUUUUCUUUGGCGGCGGAAGCGUGCCUGAAGAGGAGGAAAAGUUCACCAGGUCCGGAGUUGUGAGAAGAGGGGAGCCCGGGGUCCCAAGUUUUCCUGCGGUCCCUGUGCAUGCACGAGCCAGAUACAUAAGCUGGAAAUCAUUCCUGGUUCCUUUGGAGACUGAAGUAUCCUGUGAAGGAAGAGAGCAUAAUGGCCUUAGGAGAUUUGGAUAGACCUUUUGUGUUUAGUCAGACCUGCGGAAAUGCAUGGAUCCAUUUUGGUGCUGGAUUAGAGACCAGGGAAAAGAUGGAGGGACAACGCCCAACAGAUGCAGGAGCUGGAAAAGACGGUCCAGAUUCUCAGCCUUGGAGUUGUGGGAAGAAUGGAUCAAGUCCUGUGCAGAAGAGCCAAGAAGAGGUCCAAUUCUUUCACUUCAGAAAAGUGCAAUUCCAGGAGGGGAAGAGUCCCCGAGAUGUUUGCAGUCAGCUUCACCAGCUUUGCCAUCAAUGGCUGCAGCCAGAAAGACACACCAAGGCUCAGAUUCUGGACCUGGUGCUCCUGGAGCAGUUCCUGGCUGUCCUUCCCCCAGAGAUGGAGAAAUGGGUGCGGGAGUAUGGAGCACAAACCAGUUCUCAGGCGGUGUCCCUGGCUGAAGGCUUCUUGCUGACCCAGGAGUCUGAGAAGAUGCAAGAAGAGUUGCAGAAACCUUUGGAAGCUGUGACUGAGUAUCCCAAGGAGAGGAUAGAUUCACCCAAACCCUCUCAAGACAUGCAGUUAAGGGAGAGCUUCCAGAAAGAUCAAAGUCAAGAUGUGAUGCCAGAUAAUAGAAAGCUGUCCUCAAUAUUUUUAGAAUCACCUCUUUGUGUUGGAGCUGAAAGAGUGGCUGAAACCCUGCCACAGGAUGUUGUGUCUUUUGAGGAAGUGGCCGUAUAUUUCUCCGAGGAGGAGUGGUCUCAACUGGAUGCUGACCAAAAAGCGCUGCAUGGAGAAGUCAUGCUGGAAACUAUCAGGAAUUUGUCUUCUCUGGGUAAGAUGAGUGCAAAAAGAAAGAGCUAUUCUGUUGAGUUCAAGAAAGGAAUCGUGGAGGACUCUCUGGGCAAGAAUCUUGUGGCUUUCUGCAAAGAGAAGAAAUUGGAUCUCCGAAUGGUCCGAAAAUGGCGAGCAGUGUAUGAUAACCUCAGUCAACAGGUGGAUGAAGGAAAUGCUAAGAAGCGCAAGUGUGGAUCAGGUCGGCAACCAUUAUUUCCUGAGCUGGAAGACAUCAUCUGCGAAUGGAUUGCUGACAGGAGAGCAAAAGGUUUAGUUGUGCACAGGGCUGAUAUUCAAACUUUUGCUCUUGCAAAGGCACUACAGUUAGGAAUAUCCCCAGAAGAAUUCAAAGCAUCAAAUCGUUGGCUGGGUGGCUUCCUUCAUCGAUAUAAACGAUCUCUAAAAAGAUAGACAGCACUAUUCAAGCUGGAAGAUACUGAACUUAUUAAACGUGUACUUGCAUUCAAGUCCUUUGUUGAUGGCAUCGACUUUUCUAAGUAUCAACUCUCCAACAUGAUUGCUAUGAAUGAAACUGCAGUGUUUAUGGACCAAGGAUCUCAAAUGACAAUUGAUCAGAGGGGUGCCUCAUCAAGCUACAUUCCCUCUACUGGUUAUUUUGGCAAUUCGUCUGGAUGGAAAGAACCCCACCUCUAAUCAUCACUAAGGGCAAAAAAGAUAAGAUUGAACAUUUCAGGUGUUUAUGUUCUUAAAAUCGAAAAAGCCUGGUGCACAGAGUCAUAAGGAGGCGGGCCAAUUUAUGCUGCCACUUGUUUUGCGAGGUGGCCAAAGAGCUCUGCAAGUCUGGGGUUCAGCUAGCACUCACUAGCUGAACCUAAAGAUAUGAAGAAUUUCCUUGCAGUGAGAAGAACAGAUCAAAUAAUGAUUCCUGCAGGAAUGACUGCCUAUCUCCAGACUCUUGAUUUUGCAAUAAACAUUCAAGGAUCAUUUGCACAUGGAAAUAAAUGACUACACAGAAAAUAGAAUGGAGAGAAAUCAGUGUGGAAGCUUUGUGAAGCCUAGCAUGCAAGAGAUUGUGACUUGGGUGAAGAAUUCAUGGGAUAAAAUCACUGACAGCUGUGUUGCCAAUGCACUAUGAGCAGCUACGUGGACAAGAAGUGCUCAUUUAGGGAAAGCUUUAUUGAUGGACAUGAGAGAUUGGGGCCAAUGGUUCUAUAGGAAAUGGAGUCACAAAAAAAUCAGGCCAGAAUUUAGGGUUUGGCGAGUUAUGAUGUUCCAAAAGAUGAUAUGACUAUUUGAAUAAAUGUAGAUUGUUGUACAA